AUGCCGACCGAGCUCGCUCACCAGAUCAUCGAUGACCUGCGACUAUGUGACGUCCUCAAACUGCUAUGUUACGAUAAUGAUCGAGUGGACGCCUGCUUCAUGUCCCAUCCAAUCUGCCGCAACAUUUUCGGUGCCGACCCAGAAACUCUCGCCAAGUGGAGAUUCGCUGCCCACCUUUAUAGAGAUAUAUUCACGGCGGUGGGAAAACCAUUUGUACAACCAUAUUACUUGUUUCGUUGGGGAACAAACCAUGGUGCCACAAAUAUCCACUGUCUCAAGCCUGAGAACUAUGAAGGGUUCUUGUAUCAUAUGAAGGACCGCAUUUAUGAUGAGCUCAAUAUUCAUUGGUGCAAAGUAGACCUGACUCGGUUCGGUGCUCCUGAUUACGACAGCGGACUUGAUUAUCGAUCUCUCAAGAGGAUCCAAUCUUUCGAAGAGCUGAAGAAAUGCUGGGAAGACAUACAGAAAGCAAAGGCAAAUUUAUUCCAGUUGAGGGCUUCGGAGCUUUACUGGACUGCUGAUAUGUUGGAAGCGAAUUCGGAUAUCCUGAAACGCACGCUGGACCCCGCACAGGAAUUUCGGCCAAAUACCACACAUAUCGUGUCGAGAAUGCGGCGUAAUGCUGAUAAAAUCCUGCGGACCCCGAUCCAGAAGUUCAUCUUUGCUGAACAUUUCCGUUAUGACUUCCUGGGGAUCAUUCCGUUCGACUCGGCCUUGGACCAACUGUUGCAUAUGAUGCAAAAGCAUGGUAUCAUAGAAGGUGACCAAGUUAUGGCGAGCAACACAAGCAUUUCAGCUGGUGCGGCUUCGCACCCAUCUUCCAUCAUCAAUUCGGUCCGCAUUAUCAUCGAUGGAAUGCCGAAGUUUUAUAUCUCGCCCCCAGAGACGGCAGAGCAACAACACAAUUUCGCGUGGAGGAAUGCAGCCAACAAAAACGGCGAUCUUCUUCGAACGGCGAAUACUCCAUGGUCUGAACCGUUUGGUGCAAAUGAACAGGUUUCUUUGGAUGGGCCCUAUUUUACACCGUUCAAAUACGGUGAUAAUAAAGGUUUCUGGCGGCCAGAAUCCCUUUUCUGGGAUCCUCAUCAUGAGAUGGAGAAAGAAUGGCUCGCCAGUUUCGUCGAGGUUUAUCGGUACUUGAAGAACUUGGAUGGAUAG